UAUCACAUAGCUUAACAGCCCAAAAUGGCCUCAGUGGCCCAACAAUUUUAAAUUUCAUAAGGGAGAAAACAAAAGAAAUAAAAUCAAAGUGAACCGGUUAACCCCUUAAACCCUAGCGCCCAAAUUGCUGCUCUGCUUUCCCUUUCUUCAGGUUUGGCUUUUUCGCUUCACUUUGCCAUGUCUUUGCUUGAUGUGAUAACAAAGGCGGCUUCUGUCAAUGUAGAACCCCAGUCUGAAUAUCCAAUUGUUCUAAACUCAGAUGAUGUUUUCCUCAAUUUGAAGGCAAAUGCUGAGACCCCAAAUCCCAGUUCACUUGCUAGUCCUGUUACCGGGUGGCAACUUGCAGAAACUGAUGUCCAUCUCAUUGAAUUAGGUAAAAAAUUUUAUUGUAAGCUCAAGCGGAAGCUUAAAGACAUUAAUCAUUUCAAUAAAGAUGAAUUCUUUGGAAUUUUGAAUCCUUUUCUGGAGAAAAUGGGCGAGAAAAUUGGGAUUUCUGUUGGGGUUAGUUCAUCGGAUAAUGGAUACACUCAGGUUUUGAUUGAAAAGAUUGGGUUUUUGAUGGGUCGAGAUGUUACUGGUUUGGUUUUAGAAGCCUGUCUUAGUUUAGAGAUAUGGGAUUUGGUGGAAACUUUGAUUAUUAAAGGGCUCGUUGAUUAUUCUUGUUAUUCAAAUUUAGUUAAAAAUCUUGUGGCAAACAAGAGGUCUGAUUUGCUUUGUUUGAGUAUUAAACACGCACCAGAUCUUGGAUUGUCCGAGUUGCUUUGCAUUUUGAAAUAUUUUCUUUGCCCCUCCAAAGAGGCAUAUAGUGCUAUGGCAAAUGUAAGGAAGGAAUGGGAGAGUCAGGCGUUGCUAGCUAUUGAAAAGGUGAGAAACAAGAAUCUUCCAGAUAAGAAAUUGCGCGUAGCUAAGGAGGCUGCAAUCUUGCUUAUGCUUGCCCAUGAUGGGUUCUCAACAUCUGAGCUAUGUUUGCAUUAUUUGCUCGCUUCCGUCAAUAUUGAUGAAGUUAUAUUAUCAUCUUCAAUUGGUAAACUGAAUGGUAAAGAGAUGAUGAGUUUUAUCAAGUAUCUAGGAAAAUGGUUGAAGAAAUAUGAAACAUUUCCACAGGCAAGUCCAUGUCCUAAGGCUUCAUCUACACUUGGUUUGAAGGGUUGUGAUUGGGUUCCUAAGCUUGAAGAUAUUGUUAAAUGUCUUGGGUUGGUGCUGGAUGAAAACUUCUCCACUCUGGUCUUGCAUCCAGAGUUCCACGAAGAGCUGAGAUCGAUUGAAGGAUUGGUUGCAUCUCUAGCUUUAGAAGCCAAAUUUUGUAGCUCCGUGGCAAAUAUAAUUGAGAUUUUGAAAACUGAUGGUAAAGGUGAACAAAAGUAGGAGCUAUCACUAAUGAGGCCUCUGAUCCCUGUGUUCGUCCUGCAGCAUUGAAGUGUGGCCUAAUCAACAAUCUUUUUGUAAUGUCACAUUCACAGUUUUGAUUGAAAUGAGGCUGGUUUUGAUGUCUAUUUAUGUAAUUUUUACGAUUUUGUUAUCAAAAUUCAAGUUCAUAACUAUUUUACUUUAA